AUGUUGAUUUUCUUCAAACAGGCAUCAUUCUGUGCUCUUCCCUCUCGUGAUCUGCUUGUGGUGACUUCUCAGAAAGGUAUCCAGAUGUAUGAAUCUGAUGGCUCCAUCAUGGUGUACUGGCAUGCACUGGAUACUCCAGAAACACCUACAGAACAGGCAGUCUUUGCUCGUGGAAUAUCAGCAGUGUCUGAGAAUUAUAUAUGCGUGGGUGUUUCAUCAGGUGCACUUCUAGUGUUUGAUGUUCCCAGUAAAGGCAGUAACAUCACUCUAUCUGAGGUACUGGAGGAGCACAAAGAGCCCAUCACUGAUGUGGCUUCAGAAACCUCUGGAAGCCAGGAAUGCAUAGCUAACCUGGUUUCUGCAGAUGACGAGGGCAACCUGUGUGUGUGGAAGUCUGGGGAGGAAUUUCAGCUUCUCAACAAGAUCCCUGGUUUUGACAUCAGCUGCUCAUCUGUGAAGUUGUGGAAAGGUACGGCGGUUGCAGGUUACGGUUCAGGCCAGAUCCGUCUCUUCGAGGCGGUGACAGGGAUUCUGCAUGCUGAGAUCAACGCUCACGCUCGCUGGAUAUACUCACUGGACAUCGCUCCCUUUUCUGGACUGCUUCUGUCUGCAGCGGAGGAUUCUUAUAUCAGAGUGUGGCACCUGGCUAUGACACCAGAAAGUAACAGCGUGGAGGUUGCUCAUUUGCAUAACGAAUGUGUGACGGACACACAGAUCUGUGGCGCCAAGUUUUGUGACGGCGAUGGUUAUGCUUUUGCAGUGACGGGAUACGACCUGAGUGAGAUUAUACGCUAUGUACAGUCAUAGGUCUCUGCCGUUGUUAAUGCGUAACGUGUACGACUAAACUGUGUAUUUAUUUGG